ACAAAGCAGCCAGGUGGCAACGCCGCGACCACAUACCCACAGAUAAUAGAUACUCUACAUAAAUAAUUGGCCAUUUUUGUCUGUUUGAGUGAGCAAUAGUGUUGAUAAGCAAUAAGUAGAGCUCAAAGACAAUGGCUGAUCGGGCUAUCAAGCUGCUGGUGAUCGGGGAGAGCGGCGUGGGCAAGUCCAGUUUGAUCCGCCGCUUCGUGGAGAACAAGUUCGACGAGAACCAUGACGUCACGAUUGGCAUGGACUUCAAGAGCAAGGUGAUGAACGUGGACGGGAUCGACUAUAAGGUGGCCCUCUGGGACACUGCGGGCGCCGAGAGAUUCCGCAGUCUGACGCCCAGCUUCUACAGAAAGGCCUUGGGGGCCAUUCUGGUGUAUGACAUCACCAACCGGGACUCCCUCGUGAAGCUGGAGGCCUGGCUGGCCGAACUGGACAGCUACAGCGACAAUCCCAACAUAGCCAUCAUCGUGGUGGGCAACAAGAUCGACCAGGAGCGAGUGGUGGAUCGGGAGGAGGGCCGCAAAUUCGCCAGGAAGCACAGAGCCCUCUUCAUCGAGACCUCUGCCAAGUGCGAUCAGUUCGUCAGCGAUGUGUUCAAGGAUGUUGUGGAGAAGAUUGUCUCCUCCGAGUACUUCAACAAUGGCAACGGUGCCGGCGGUCUCGACAUCGCCAGCAAUCGGGAUCUGGAGGAAAGCGCUUCCACGUGUUACUGUUGAUAUUCGGGUGUUGUUCGUGCUUUUUCAAAUUUAAACCGUGUAUUUAUUUAAUUGUUUCAAUAUCACUAGCAUAAAGUCAACCUCAACGUUCAA